AUAUUUGAAAGAUUUAUUAAACAUUUAACUUCGGCUAUUUGUGCAGAAGUCGGAUCUAAUUUGUGAAGAAAGAAGAAAAUGGGAACUGCGGUGGGAGUGGCGCCGGGAUUGUCACGGAAGCUGAAGAAAGUUUUGGAAUGUCGUACGGACACUCCGGAUCUUGUUUCUUCUCUCAACACUCUCUCUACUUUCUACUCUGACAACUCUCCUCAGGCUCGUCGCAAUCUCAGAUCCACCAUCGAGAAACGUUCUCUCUCUAUCAACCUCCAGUUUCUCCAUGCUUCCAACGCUGCUCAGCUCGCUUUAGAUCGUGUGGAGGAGGAAGUUAAUGCUCUAGCUGAAUGCUGCGACGAGAUUGCAAAGGCUUUGAACAGUUGUAGUGCUAGCACAGGAGAUAUUAUCAGCACCACGGAGAGGCUUAAACAAGAACUUGAAAUUACUACACAAAGACAAGAGAUUGUGUCAUGCUUCCUUCGUGAUUAUCAGCUCUCUAAUGAAGAGAUAAAUGCAUUGAGGGAUGAAGACUUAAAUGAAAAUUUCUUCAAGGCACUAUCUCAUGUUCAAGAAAUUCAUGCCAAUUGCAAAAUACUACUAAGGACGCAUCAUCAGCGCGCUGGUUUGGAGCUCAUGGAUAUGAUGGCAGUGUACCAAGAAGGAGCGUAUGAGCGUCUAUGCAGGUGGGUUCAGGCGGAGUGUAGGAAAUUGGGUGAUGCUGAUAAUCCUGAAGUUGGUGAACUUUUAAAAACAGCAGUCCGAUGCCUCAGAGAAAGGCCUGUCCUUUUCAAGUAUUGUGCAGAAGAGGUGGCAAAUAUGAGGCACAAUGCAUUGUUUAGAAGGUUCAUAAGUGCUCUUACACGUGGAGGUCCUGCUGGACUACCUAGACCAAUAGAGGUUCAUGCACAUGAUCCAUUACGUUAUGUGGGUGACAUGCUAGGAUGGUUACAUCAGGCCUUGGCAUCUGAAAGAGAACUUGUUCUUGUGUUACUUGAUCCAGAUGCUGUGGUAGAUGCUGGAUCCUCUGCAAAUCGAUUGCCCAAGAAUUUGGAGAAUGGUACUGGAAAGACACAAUCAGACUUGACAUUUGUGUUGGAUAGAAUUUUUGAAGGAGUUUGCCGGCCUUUUAAAGUUCGAGUUGAACAAGUUUUGCAGUCACAGCCUAGUCUUAUAAUUGCAUACAAACUGAGUAAUACACUGGGAUUUUACAGCUACACUAUAUCAGAUUUGCUUGGGAGAGAUACAGCGCUCUGUAGGACACUUUGGAUGCUCAAGGAUGCUGCACAGAAAACAUUUUUUGACAUUCUCAAAAGUCGGGGGGAGAAGCUGUUACGCUAUCCUCCCCUUGUCGCUGUUGAUCUUUCCCCACCUGAAGCAGUGCGGGAAGGAGUCUCUGUUCUACUUGAAAUAAUUGAGACUCAUGACAGCAUGAUGGUUCCUGCUUCAGAGAAAAAGCCUGAUUUUGAUCCUGUGAUAUCUGCUAUACUUGAUCCUAUCAUUCAGAUGUGUGAGAAAGCUGCAGAGGCACACAAGUCCAAGGGUGUUGGCCACUUGACAAGAAGAAGAAUGAGUUCAGACUCUGUCCAAAUUAAUAAAUCAUCAGUUGAUGCACUUUUGUCAAAUAGCAGCUCUGCCCCAUCCUCUCAGAAUAGUGAAACACCUUCCAAGAUAUUCCUCAUCAACUGCUUGUGUGCCAUCCAGCAACCGCUAUCUGGGCAUGAGGUUGCAGCUGAAUAUGUAAAGAAACUUGGAGCAAUAAUAGAAAAUCACAUGCAUGCUCUUGUUGCUAAAGAAGUGGAUGCUAUUCUAAGAAGAUGUGGCUUGUCGGAUAUGAUGUCUCACUUUCGUAAUUCACUUGGCAAUGAAGCAGUUGGUACUCCACUGGCAGAGAAUGAAGACACUUCUCCAGCUUCUCUUUCCGAGUCUUUGAGGAGUUUCUUCGGACUUAUUUUAGGAAGCGAGAGUUCCCUUCCUGAAUUUGAGCAGAUACAGGUUCCAAAGUUGCGUUCUGAAGCUUCUAUUCAAGUGGCGAAGUCCCUUGCUGAAGCUUAUGAGCUUAUUUACAAAGUAAUACUGGAUCCCAAGAAUGAUUACUCAGAACCCAAAUCAUUGGCAAGGCAUCCUCCAGAUCAGAUAAGGACCAUUUUAGGAAUAUGAAUAAUUGAUCAUCUAUAGAUUCAAUUUAUUAUUAUUUUUUUAAAAAUCUUUUUGGGUUUAACAGAUAAGAAGAAAGUCAUUUCCAUUUGAUAUUUUUUUGAUAGCCAUUUGUAGGUAAUAGAAGAAUUCUAAAUGUAAUGGAAGAUGUUUUGGUCAAUUAUUGAUAUGUAUAAUGACAACUCUAUAAAAUUGUUGUGUGCAAUUUCUCUUGUUAUUAAAUGGAUGUUCCUGUUUGGUA